UUGUUUUGCCACCAGUUAAGUAACUCCGCCGUGAUGAGUUCAGAGGUCCAGGCUGCAGUCUCUGCACACUCCGCCCAUCACCGAACGGCAAAGGACAACAAACAAGUCCGAGUCACGUCCUCCGUCUUCCCACGGUGGGGGAAAAACAUCAGCCAUUUGCAGUAUGAGUCGCCGUGUGGCCAUCAUUGGAGCAGGUAGCUCGGGUCUGGCCUGCAUCAAGUGCUGCCUGGACGAGGGGCUGGAGCCCGUCUGCUUUGAGAGCAGCGACGACAUCGGAGGCCUGUGGAGGUUCAAGGACCACCCCGAGUCGGACCGGGCCAGCAUCUACCACUCUGUCAUAAUCAACACCUCCAAGGAGAUGAUGUGCUACAGCGACUACCCUAUUCCCGCGCACUUCCCAAACUACAUGCACAACACGCUCAUCAUGGACUACUUCCGCAUGUACGCCGACCACUUCCGGCUCCUCAAGCACAUACGCUUCAACACCAAAGUCCUGCAGGUAAAGCCGAGGGCAGAUUUUACACGUUCCGGCCAGUGGGAUGUUGAGUCGGAGGGCCAGGAUGGCAAAAAGAAUAAACACAUAUUUGACGCGGUGAUGAUCUGCAUUGGACACCACUGUCACCCCAACUUGCCUCUCCAGGACUUCCCAGGUAUUGACAAGUUUGAGGGCAAGUACUUCCACAGUCGGGACUACAAGACUUCGGAAGAGUGGCGGAACAAGAAGGUGGUGGUGGUAGGGAUCGGGAACUCCGGAGGGGACAUCGCCGUGGAGCUAAGCCGAGUCACCAAGCAGCUUUACCUGAGCACACGAAGAGGGGCGUGGAUCUGGUACAGGGUGGGGACGAACGGCAUGCCAAUGGAUAUGAGUUAUACCAGGCUGUUGAGAACGGUGCAGAGGAUCCUUCCCUUCAACUUCAUGUGUGGCCUGGCAGAGAACUGGCUCAAUCAAAGAAUUGAUCACAACCUGUACAACCUGAGGCCAAAUCACAGAUUGUUCAGCCAGCAUCCCACCGUGAACGACGACCUUCCCAACCGCAUCCUGUCAGGAACGGUUCAGGUGAAGCCCAACAUCCGCGGAUUUCACGGCUCCAGCGUGGAGUUUGUCGACGGCAGCGUGGUGGAGGACGUGGACUUGGUGGUAUUUGCCACAGGCUACAGUUUUUCCUUCCCGUUCCUGGCCUCGGAUGUGAUCCCCGUGUCGGGCAACAAGGCGCCGCUGUACAAGUAUGUGUUUCCCCCUGAGCUGGAGCGCCCCACGCUGGCUGUGAUCGGCCUGGUGCAGCCGCUGGGGGCCAUCAUGCCCAUCUCUGAAAUGCAGGCCAGGUGGGCCACGAGGGUAUUCAAAGGCUGCCUCAAGCUUCCAUCAGUGGCUUGCAUGCUGGAUGAUAUCAAGUAUAAGGAGGAGACCAUGGCGGGAAGGUAUGUGACCAGUCCGAGACACACCAUCCAGGUGGACUACGCCGUAUACAUGGACGAGAUCGCGACGAUGCUGGGGGUCCGACCCAACAUCGGCAGGUUGCUGCUUACCGACCCGAAGCUGGGACUGAACCUGCUGAACGGGCCCAUCACCCCCUGCCAGUACCGCCUCAAAGGUCCAGGGAAGUGGGCCGGAGCCCGUCAAGCCAUACUGACUCAGUGGGACAGGGUGGCCCAACCCUUUAAGACCCGACCGUGCGACGGAGUCGAAGCCAAGCAGUCCCUGAGGUGGCCGCUGAUUCUGUUGGCGGCCGCGGGUGUGGCCGCUUACGUUAACAGCAGCCGCUUGCAUGCUUUUUUGCAGGACCCCGCAGCCAUUUUGGACAGAGUGAAAGUGAGCCUGCCUGUGUUGGCACACUGAUUGCUGAAUAAAUACGAAGGGGAGGAGAUAACGCUGGAUUACAGUAAAUUCCUCCCUGUUGGCAGAUUAAUUUUCUCAGCUUUGAAUUGUACUUUUCUUUGGGAACUUCGAUAGAAAGUGGUGUGAUGGCGCUAUCUGCAGAGAGAAAAAGAUGCCAAAGUUGCUCAACUACACAUUUUUGUGAGUACAAUUCUGUAUAUGGUAUCCCUGUAAUUGUUUCGUAAUGUGGAAAUGACUGUACGGUAUGUCAAGCUAAAAAAAUAUGUACAAAACCCAAAAGCAGUGAAGUUGGCACUUUGUGUAAAUGCUAAAUAAAAAACGGAAUUCAUAGAUUUGCUAAUCCUUUUCAACUUAUAUUCAAUUGAAUAGACUGCAAAGACAAGAUAUUUAAUGUUCCAACUGAGAAACUUUUUUUUGCAAAUAAUCAUUAACUUAGAAUUUAAUGGCAGCAACACAUUGCAAAAAAGUUGGCACAGGGGCAUUUUUACCACUGUGUUACAUGGCCU